AGCAGCAGCAGCAGCUGCAGGCGGGAGUGUGUGUGUGUGUCCGAGUGUGUGUGUGUGUCCGCCGCUGGGUGUCUUCACUCCGCAGCCUGAUCUGCUCCGUCCGUGUUUUCCGGAAGACAGGGUGUGAAACAUGGGACAGAGCUCAGGUCAGCAGCUGAUCCCGGUACACCCCUAACACACACUCCGCAGCUCCGAUCCGCUCUCAGGAGACACCGUGUGACCGGCACCGGACGGGACCUCCGUGAUCCCCGCGGACCGUCGGACCGGGAGGAGGCUGCUGCUGGUUCUGCUCCGCCGAGACCCAGAUCGCUGCGACCGCAGGCUGGCCCAGGUCACGUUGAUGCUGGUGGGCGCUCCAGGGCACUCUCCCCGCCACCUGCUCCUGCACCGCUCCCACCUCCUCAGCCGCCAUGGCUAUGAGCAGUGACCCUGGCUGUGAGAGGCUGGACCCCAACUCUUCCACACAGGCCAGUAGUCUGACAGACAUCAUGGCUGCCAUGACCACGAAGGACUCGGACGGCUCGGCUGCGAACGGCGUGAGGAGCACCGGGGCCCAGCAGGACGGGGCUCAGGCCAAGAGGACGCACCCGAUGCGGCCUCACCUGACUGGGAGGAAGCUGUCGCUGCAGGAGAGGGGCACCUACAUGUCGGGCUCUGCGGGAGGCUACACCCACAUCUCCCCUCGUGUGGCUCGCAGGCCCACAGUGGAGUCGAAACGCGUCUCCAUAUCAGACUCUCAGGACUGCAUCCAGUUGAACCAGUACAAGCUGAAGAGUGAGAUUGGAAAGGGAUCCUACGGUGUGGUCAAACUUGCCUACAAUGAAGAUGACGACAAGCAUUAUGCCAUGAAGGUGGUGUCCAAGAAGAAGCUAAUGAAGCAGUGUGGUUUUCCACGUCGCCCACCCCCAAGAGGACCAAAGGCAGCCCAAGGAGAGCAGCCCAAGAUCUUAGGACCCCUGGAGAGGGUCUACCAAGAGAUUGCCAUCCUUAAAAAACUGGACCAUAUCAACAUUGUAAAGCUGGUGGAGGUGCUGGACGACCCAUCGGAGGACAACCUUCAUAUGGUGUUUGAGCUGAUGCGCAAGGGUCCGGUGAUGGAGGUGCCAACAGACGAGCCUCUGUCAGAGGAGCAGGCGCGCUUGUACUUCAGAGACGUCAUCCUGGGCAUGGAGUACUUGCACUACCAGAAGAUUGUCCACCGGGACAUCAAGCCUUCUAACUUGUUGCUGGGGGACGACGGCCAUGUGAAGAUAGCGGACUUUGGGGUCAGCAACCAGUUUGAGGGCAACGACGCUCUGCUGUCCAGCACUGCCGGCACUCCUGCAUUUAUGGCACCGGAGACCUUGUCGGAUAAGCGCAAGAGUUUCAGCGGAAAAGCGCUGGAUGUGUGGGCCAUGGGAGUUACCCUCUACUGCUUCGUCUUCGGGAAGUGCCCGUUUAUUGACGAGUACAUAUUGGCUUUGCACAAUAAGAUAAGGACCAAGCCUGUGGAUUUCCCAGAAACACCAAAGAUCAGUGAAGAGCUGCGGACUCUGAUCUUGCGGAUGCUGGAUAAAAACCCCGACUCCAGGAUCACCCUGCCGGAGAUCAAGAUGGACCAGUGGGUGACCCAGGGAGGCACUGACCCCUUGCCGCUGGAGGAGGAGCACUGCUCUGUGGUGGAGGUUACCGAGGAGGACAUCCAGAACUCGGUGAAGUUUGUUCCCAGCCUCUCUGCAGUGAUCUUGGUGAAAGCCAUGCUGAGGAAACGCUCCUUCAGUAACCCCUUUGAGUGUCCGAGCAGGCGGGAGGAGAGGUCCAUGUCUGCACCCAGCAGCCUGCUCAUAAAGGGCAGCACAGGAGACGGGCCCAGAGAAGGAGAGCUGGAGGACCUGCAUGAAGACGAGCCCUCCUCCUGAGUCCUGGCGACGCUCCCGUGAACAGAGCUUUGUCUUAAACACCAUCUGCUUUACAUCCCUUCGCCUGAACCGCAGCGCGCUCACGCCUUCUUCCAAGCAUUUCUUACACAUUAGUGACGCCGUAGGAACGUAUCAGUCUGUACACGUGAGAUUUAAAAGCUUUUAAAUCGGACAUAUUGCUUGUGUUAACGUUCAGACUUGCUUUUUUUCCCCCUUUUUGCUUCCGGUUAGAAAAACCCGCUCUUACCCCCUUUGUUCCUGCUCCACCGCUGGAGCUUGAUUGUCUUAACCGCUCAACCACUGACUGGCAUCAGUAGACCAACGAGAGGAGCUCUUCCAAUCCUCUGGAUCACUGUUUGCGGGAAAAGACGAGUUUGUCAGCAGGUUUUACACUGAUGUUUUUUUUUUUUUUUUAACUCUUCAUGCAUGGUGAAUAAUUAGAGCUCGUCAUCAGACUGUCUGCAGCCACCGGUCGUCAUCACGAGGAGAAAAGACUCCAGCAUGUAAAUGACACUGCAUUGAGGGCUUUUAUUUCCUGAUCAGUCGUUUUAAGAUUGUACAUAGACGUCUUGAGGUAUGUGUCCCGUGUUCAUGUCACACCCCUUAUCUCUCGUAUCCGUGCCAUUGGUCUCUUUUAUUUUGGUGGUAAAGGUCCUUCCUGUGCUGCGUUCACAGACCUGAGGCUGAGAGGCUUUCAAAUUGACGUCUUCUCCGUCGCGUGAUGUGUAAUUAUGUUUUGUGUGAGGGGUCAUUUCACGCUUCUUCUGUUCCGUGUUGUUCGUCUGAUGAUUUCCUCUCUCUAACGCCGUUGGGUUUGAUGUGACGCUAUUGUGACAGGAAUGGGAACAUUUUGAAGUGCGUCUUGUUUGGACGGCGAGUCUGAACAGAUGGGAGAAAGUAACGCAAUUGCCUAUACUGUGUGUAAAUCCAAUUUAAAACAUAUUAUUAGACGGCGUUCUCGGAGUGGGUUUUAUGGCACAAACAAUGUCAGCAUUCAGAUUACACGUCGGUGAGUUCCCUCUCGGAAGAAAUUGGAUGAACUGAAGGUUAUCGAACGUAAAGGGAGCGUGCACAAAUAAUUCAGAGGGAAAGCUGUG